AGCAGCAACUGAAGCUUCAGCGAAAACACUCUGUGAAGAGUCUGCCGUCGAGAUGAAAGUCACUAUUGCCUCAAAAGCAGCUAAAGUGACUCAGUCCCCAGGUUUAGAUAACGUCUCCAAAGUUCAAACUGUUAAAGACACAUCAAAAACCACAGCUUCAACUGAGGACAACAGUCAGGUGGUAGUUACUGAUAACAUCCCUCCAGUCUCGACGAGGGCCAACAUUUCAAACAUUAGAUGUUUGAGCCCCACAUCCACACAGUCUCAUGAUGUUCUUAAAAAUAGAAAUCAAGAUCUGAAGUUACUCUCUUCUCAGGCUGAAACAGGCAGAAAUCUUGUAGCCCAACAAAAAGCAGACAUCCCAGACGUGCUCCCCAUUGCGGGCAACAUCAUUUCUGAGGUAGAUGGCACAGAUGUUUUCCCAAAACUCUCAAAAGGAACAAUGGUCACUUCUAAUACACCUACAGACCAGGAGAGUAUAAAUAACAUAUCUGCUCAGACUUUAGUAACAGAAAUGUUUCCUGAACAUGCACCUGCGGCGGUUGAUCUGGAGAAUUACAAACGGCCGGCUGCAGAGGACAGCUCCUCCAAGAAGUCACCAGCUGGAAAUUCCUUGCAAGUUCCUCCCAAAUUGCACUCUGGCUCCAGCUGCUCUGUAGUUGCUGAUGUGCAAGUGAAGGAAGAGGGAAAUCAGGAUAUUGGUCUAGAAACACCUGAGAACAGUAAACUAUUAGAUACCAAGGAAUCCAAGUUGGAGUACGUCUGUACAUUCUGUAACAAGGUCUUUAAGGGAAGUCGGGUUGUAGCACAUGCUAUGUUCCAUUAUCGUAAAGAUGAGUGCAUGUUCUGUAGGACAAUGUUCAAAGAUGACCUCCUGGCCAUGAUGCACCUUUCUGACCAUAUUGAGAAGCUAAAGAGGAGCAAAGAGUCACCUGGUAAUACCCAAGAAAACUGGGUUUCUGAGACCAAAGAUAUCGCCACACCUAAGACCUCUGCCAAAGCUAAGGACACAAAUGUGGCUUCUGGGUGCCGUAGUAGUGGGAGAACAAGGCAGUCUACUGGUUGUCUUAAAUUAAUAAGCCUUCCGGAUUCAACACCAUCUGGCUCCAGAAAGUUAAGAUCCAAUGACAAUCCAGUGGAUCAUCCAUCUUUACAUGAAAAUAAAUUAAACAUGUCAAAGCAGCUUAAUGAUAAAACUCCUGUUCACAAGGUAAAUGGGCAUAUUGGCAAGAAGAAAGGGCUUGGCAGACCGAAAAAGGACACCAUGAACUCAGCAGCUAAGCAGCCACUCACACGGGAGGAGCUCUCUCAAGCAAGAUCAAAUGAUGAAGCCGAGAAUCCCAGGUUGCAAAAAAAACAAGAUUCAGAGAUGGACUCCUCUGCAACAUCAGGACAGGUAGACAAGUUUGGCUGUUUCACCGAAGAUAAAACGGAGACAAAAUCUCUGCAGGUUCUGAAGCCGUCCACGAAACACAGUGGGAAAGUUGUCGAUGAGAAAAAUGCGGAGCCACAAGAGAGAAUCUGCUGUCCUGUGGAGGGUUGUGCUUGGAUUACAGACCUGUCAAAAAACCGUGUCGCACUCCUGUACCAUGCUCUUGAAGAUCACUACGGUGAAGUCAAACCUUUAGAACUGGCGUUCCGUGUGGGAAACAGCAAAUGUAGUAGUUGCAUGAGGGUUAUGUGGAGUUUUGAUCAUUUUCAACACCACGUUGAAAGACACAGACUCACCCCACGGCAUCCUUGCCUUCAUCAGGGUUGUAAUGCUCGGUUCAAAACUGGAAUGGAAAUGAGGCGCCACGCCAGGAGGCACAGUCCGCUGCAGGCAGAGUGCUGCCGCCCUGGUUGUUGUAAACUAUUUAUUUGUCUCUGGGCAUUGAACCUUCAUGAAAGAGAGCACUAUGCUUCCCAACCCACUAAAGCGGACAAAAACACAACUCAGCAAACGGUUGACAACAAUCCGCCGGAUGGUAAGAAACAACCAGAUCAUAUGCCGCAAGAUGUAACUUCUGCCACAACUGUAAAUAAGACUGUGAGUGUAAAGGCUGCUCUUAAUUUAAGAGGAGAAGCGGUACAUAACUCGUCAACAGGGAAACCUGUUCAGGCUUCAUCUCCCACCACUGUCGGAUCACCUCUGUUGAAAGAGAGAAAUGUGACCAAGGAUUCACACGUCUUAAAGAAUCUUUCUAACAAGGACACGUCCACACAGCCCACAGGCCCAAAUCUGAGAUUAAGGCAAACUUUAAGAAAAGUCAAAGCAACAAAUACAACCGAAAGUCACAAAGUCAUCUCAUCGUCAUUGUUAAAACACAAUAUCAAAGGAAGACAUAAGUUGAAGAAAAAGCAAGUCAAAGUAAACACAAAAGGUCCUAAGAGAAGAGGGCGUCCUCCUAAGUCAAAGGAAGCUGUGCACGAUGAAAACACAACUACUGGCCAGAGCACUCCAGGUGUCAUAGAACACACGGCUCCGCUUGCAACCCCCACUAAAGCAGCAGAGAGCUCGGAUGGGCGCGACGAGUCAAAAGAAGAAAAGAGUCAGCAGGUCCAAGAUGUAGUCAACAGUACAAAAACAUCAAUCAAUGACUCAAAGUCGAAGAAAUCAAUGAUCAAGCAGAUGAGGAUUUUUUUUAAACGAAGGGGCAUUUCUCAUACCUCUACAGCCAUCAUGACCGCUAACAGUUUAAAAGAACCAAUCAGUACCACCUCAGCAGACAAAACACACACGUUGACAGCUGACAAAAUGAAGAAACUGCAUAAAGUGAAAAAACGCUCCGCUCCUAAAGAGAACAGUAGUCAGACUGCUUCUUCAGACUCCAGCAAGUCAAAAAAGACCAAGGUUGCAAGUAGCAAAGCCAACACAAAGAGUGGUAAGAAAAAACGUCCUCUCAAAGAACCAGAGUCUGUCCUGAAAAAGCCCGCCAAGUCCAUAUCUGAUGUCCAGCAAGUCGAGGCCAAAGCAUCAGAAGGACUAGAAAGUUGUGCUGAUGAGGACGGAAAAGGAAAGACCGAAAACGCAGACUCCACACAAAGCCGCUCUGGUAAAUCUGUGUCUGCUGUCCCGGUUAACAGUUUAAGUGUGCCACCACGCACCGCCUCAGAGAAAACACAGAACAUAACAAAAGGACAAAUCUCUAAGAAAUCGCAUGUGAAAAAACAAGGAAAGAAAGAAAGGAAACAAAUGCAUUGA